AUGACCCUAUCUAACGUUUUCGAAAACUUCGGAUGCUUCAAUUCAAUUACCGAUCUCAUCGAUCACCUGUGCUUCGUUGAAAUUCUAUUGGCCUCCGCUGAAGAUUCUUGGUUCUUCGCAUUCGGUGAUGAUCAACAGUCCGAACUUUGGUAUAUUAGAACCGAGGCUAUUGAAGCCGAAUCAGUCUCCAGAUGA